GGGGCGCUGACGGCUGGGGGGGCGGCGGCGGCGGCGGCGGCGGCGGGCCGGGCGGCGGGCGGCGAGCGGGGGAAGAUGGCGGAGCUGGGGAAGAAGUACUGCGUGUACUGCCUGGCCGAGGUGAGCCCGCUGCGCUUCCGCUGCACCGAGUGCCAGGACAUCGAGCUGUGCCCCGAGUGCUUCUCGGCCGGCGCCGAGAUCGGCCACCACCGCCGCUACCACGGCUACCAGCUGGUGGACGGCGGGCGCUUCACGCUCUGGGGGCCCGAGGCCGAGGGCGGCUGGACCAGCCGCGAGGAGCAGCUGCUGCUGGACGCCAUCGAGCAGUUCGGCUUCGGAAACUGGGAAGAUAUGGCUGCCCACGUCGGUGCUUCGAGGACUCCCCAAGAGGUGAUGGAGCAUUACGUGAGCAUGUACAUCCAUGGGAACCUGGGGAAGGCCUGCAUCCCAGACACCAUCCCUAACCGCGUGACAGAUCACACCUGUCCCAGUGGGGGCCCCCUCUCACCCAGCCUCACCACCCCGCUGCCCCCACUGGACAUCUCCGUGGCUGAGCAGCAGCAGCUGGGCUACAUGCCCCUGCGGGACGACUACGAGAUUGAGUAUGACCAGGAUGCUGAGACGCUCAUCAGUGGGCUCUCGGUCAACUAUGACGACGACGAUGUGGAGAUCGAGCUGAAGCGCGCGCACGUGGACAUGUACGUGCGGAAACUGAAAGAGAGACAGCGGCGGAAGAACAUUGCUCGUGACUACAAUCUGGUGCCAGCCUUCCUGGGGAAGGACAAGAAGGAGAAGGAAAAGGCACUGAAGCGCAAGAUCACCAAGGAGGAGAAGGAGCUGCGCCUGAAGCUAAGGCCUCUGUACCAGUUCAUGUCAUGCAAGGAGUUUGAUGACCUAUUUGAAAACAUGCACAAAGAAAAAAUGCUCAGGGCCAAGAUCCGAGAGCUGCAGCGGUACCGGCGAAACGGCAUCACCAAGAUGGAAGAGUCGGCAGAGUACGAGGCCGCGCGGCACAAACGGGAGAAGAGGAAGGAGAACAAGAACCUAGCGGGCUCCAAGCGGGGAAAGGAGGACAGCAAAGACGGCGAGUUCGCGGCCAUCGAGAACCUUCCGGGCUUCGAGCUCCUGUCGGAUCGUGAGAAGGUGCUCUGCAGCUCUUUAAACUUGAGUCCAGCCCGCUACGUGACUGUGAAGACUAUUAUAAUUAAAGACCACCUCCAGAAGCGGCAGGGAAUCCCCUCCAAAAGCCGCCUUCCUAGCUACCUUGACAAAGUCCUAAAGAAAAGGAUUUUGAAUUUCCUCACAGAAAGCGGAUGGAUCUCCAGGGAUGCGUCUUGAAGCUGAGAUGCUUUGAAAGUCCGUGAUGCCCAGACAGCGCGCCAGCCAAAAUGACUUGGGGGAGGGGACUUGUUGCUCUUUUUUAAACAAAUUGAGUUCCUUUUUUAAGAUAUAAAUUCUUUUCAUGGUCCUCUGAAAGAAGCAAUAGUAACAGUCUUAUACCGGAUCAUGGGGGAAGCAAAUGUGUCCAUUUUAACUUAGUCCUGCAAGUCACACACUGAGCGGAUGCUCAGCCUUUACCUGUUCAGUUUGGAGCUUAUUUUGAGAUUGGAGAACUUCCUUUUAUUUUGUGAGUGUUCUUCCCUUUGGGUACAAAAGCUAUUGUGGGGUACAGGGGCAGUGUUUUCCUGCUGGACCGACAAGCCAUCAGUGAUCUCCUGGUGACACAAGCUCUUCUCAGGUGGGGCUGCCUGCAGGCUCCCCUUUUCUGAGCCCAUGCUGCCCACAGCUGACCCCAGUGCAGCCCCGGGCACACGGCACUUUACAUGGGGGCAGCUUGAGCCCAGACUCCUGCUGUGUAGCAGAUGAGGAACAUCAGGCCAGAGGACAACAGGCUGGCGUUGCCUUGGGAACCGAAGAGGAAUCUGUUGGUUGAACACAGCGACCACAUGACCACUUGACUACUGGUGGCAGCAGGUUGAGCGUGCAGUUGCCAAAUCCCAAAGCUGACCCUGCGCCUCCUUUGAGUAUGGCCAGAACCUGCUGGUUCACUUUGGAUAGAGCCGUGGGCCUCGGGCGGGCUUGGGAAAGCACGUUAGCGGGAGGUGCGCAGGACACGUGGACCGCCAGGACCUCUCAACCCAUUUUCACGGCUGGUCAUUGCUGCUUUCAGACGUGCAGCGCAUUUCACUUGGAAGAACCCAUUGUAAAAAGUUCAAAGCUAAGAGUUCUGGAUUCUGGUGUCAGCUUCCUCAGGAUUUUCUUCAGUUGCAAGUACCUUUCCACUGAAAAUAUGAGCACGCCCUCCCAGCUAAGCAUCUUUAAGAGUGUUGCCAGGCCCAUGCCAGAGCCAUCUGACCAGUUGGCUGGUGGCAGUUCUGGUGGAGCACGAGGGAACCCAGGUGGUUCCCCCGAGCCUUGAGCUGCUCUCUGUUCACUGUCUUGAAUCACACUCAGAAAUGGCUUCUUCCCAGCCCUGCCUACAAGAUUUUCUCUGGGGCCCUCUUUCAAGGAUGUCCACGGUACCUUCCACCUGAACCUUGAGGAAGUCUUUCGUCUUCCGGCUGCUCAGGGUUCUCCGGUCCAAGACCCUGCUUUAAAUGUGGGGUGCCCAGACUCCAGCACUCAACUCUUCCAGGAGGUUCACUUGCCUCUCGGGCCCUGUAGGUACCAGGAGACCGUUUACCUCCCAGAAUGUUUGGGCUUGAAUUUACAUUAAAGUGAAGUUAUUUGAAAGAAAGAAAACCUCAUCAUUUCUAAGGAUGACUUAAUUAUUGUGCCUUUUCCUUUCUUUUUACAUCCUUCGGUCCCUUAGGGUAAAAUUUUCAGCAUUAACUAAAACAUUUCAAAUAUAUUGUACAUGGCUUUAGUUGUAAAGUAUAUUGCAUGCCGACAGAGAAGUGCUCCCUUUUAGCUAAGCCCAGAACUUCUCUUUUCACAAUAAAGUACUGAGCAGUGGUAUCAUGAGGGCCACCUCCACAUUGUCCCCUGCAGAAUAAAUGCAGAUGACAGAAACUCAUGUUGUCUACCACUGAACAGUGUUGGAGAUGGUGCUGUUUUUACAGUUGUCUUAGCUCCACUGGUUCUCAAAGGGGGGUUCCUGGCCCAGCAGCAGCAGCCCCUAGGAACUUGCUAGAAAUGCAGACAUGCAGGCCCCACCUGGCCUUCUGAAUCAAACUGGGGUGCAAGCAAGCUGUUUUCACAAGCCCUCCAGGUGACUGGAUAUAAGCUCGCUUGAGAACCAUGGGUUUUAGCUAUUCUGGUAUCUCCCUGAUUUUCUACAACACCAGGAUCCUAGUUUGGUGAGGUUUUAAAUUUAGUCUUAUUUUUAUAUUAAAUGAUUGCCAGACUUAUAUGAAGCUUGAAGCAGCAGAUGAUCCCUGUCAAUGUGUAUGGCCCAGGCCAAGAGCUGUCAAAUGAAAAACUGCUGAAGCAGGUUUCUAGUAUGUAUAUCUUUUUGAUGGUAUGAAGAAUUUAUUUAGGCUUGACUGUUUUAAAACACCAUAUGAAUGUAUAAUUAAUUUAUGUUAAAGUAUUAACCCUUUGUUCCAAGGGAAUGGUCAUGUGAUUGGCUGCUGCUUAGCCCAUCGACUGUUCCCGUCACAGUAGUCCUUAGGUCCUAACCUCUGUCGGCAGCUCAGAGCCUCCACAUUUAUAUUUGAUUCUCAUGAUAAAUCAGCUACCAUAAUCCCAUGGAAUUAGGUCUUGUUAAAAUCUAAGCAAACGAUCUUUGAGUCAAAAAAGCUGGAUAACUCUUCAUUGCUGUCUGAAUGGCCAACAUUCCAAGAAUGUAUUAAAAACAGCAACACCAUUUUGAUUACCCUUUUCCAUAUUAAACAAGUUGAGAACAAAA